AGCCUCAUUCUUGAUUCUUUGAAUGGCGCCUUCACCUUAAAAAAGAACUCAUUAGACUCCACAAUCAAGCCGAUCCAAAAAUGUUCGGAGGUCAAGGUUCUACUUCCGCCUUCUGGACUCCCUCUUCCACUCCGGCGUUUGGAACUCUUUCUUCAACUCCGGCGUUUGGGACCCCUUCCUCGACACCGGCGUUUGGUACUCCGUCCUCGACACCGGCUUUUGGUACUCCUUCCUCAACACCGGCGUUUGGAACUCCGUCAUCGACACCCGCGUUUGGAACUCCUUCCUCGACACCCGCAUUUGGGACUCCGUCCUCGACACCCGCGUUUGGAACUCCUUCCUCGACACCGGCGUUUGGAACUCCUUCGACACCAUCUUUCGCUACAGGCUUUGGCGGUUCCUCUCUUUUCUCAACUCCUUUCUCUUCUCAAACGCAACAGCAACAGACUCUGUUGUUUCAACAACAGCAGCCAUCCAUCGCUGCACCUUCUACUGGUUUCGGAUUCCAGAAUACGUUAUCCGCCACUCCUUUCCCCAAUGCUCAAUUGACAACUCAAAUGGCUCCCGUCGCUCCUCUUCCCUUCUCUCUCGCCGAUCGUGAUAUUCAAGCGAUUGUGGAUGCUUACAAGGAGGAUCCUGGGAACCCUAAGUAUGCUUUCAAGCAUUUGUUGUUCAGUGUAAUUGACCCGCAAUUCAGGGGGAAGCCAGCUGGUGUAUCAGAUAUAAUGUGGGCGGAAGCUAUUGCGAAACUGGAGGGUAUGGAGAGUGCUGAUCGGGAAAGACUCUGGCCUCAGCUUGUUCAGGGUUUUAAGGAUCUUUCACAGCGGUUGAAGCUACAAGAUGAAGUAAUCCUUUCAGAUGCUGAAAGGUUACGAAUGACCCAGAGCAAUGUGAAAAUGCUUCAAAGGCAUUUUCAAGCUGAAACUCUUCCAUGGAUCGAGAGAAUGAGACAAAAGGAGCAAAGCCUCCAAAGGCGCCUCUUAAGGAUGAUGAGAAUAGUGGAAGCAUUAGAGGGUAAGGGUUGCCGUGUGCCUUUAAUGAAAGGGGAAGUUGAAUUAGCUGAGAAGUUGGCUACAAUAACCAGACAGUUGAAAGGAUCUGGAGCAGAACUUUCUAGGAGGGUUCAAAACCUACUAGCCGAAUCUCGUGUUCAAGCAAAUGCUAUUGGUGCUGGAGGUUCUCUUUAUCUUCCAGGAUCAACUAAAAUACACGAGCAGAGUCUUGCUGAUAUGCAUGAGGUAUUACAACAGCAAACGGAGGCCAUUGCAAGGCUUGGCAACGUUUUGAAGCGAGAUAUAAGGGAUAUGGAGAUAAUAAUGGCUGAAGACACGGAUAUGACAGACAAUGUGAAUUAGAAGGUGGAUUCUUUGCCAUAAUGUUAUUUUACUUUGAAGUUUUGUAUGUGGAUUGGACAGGAAUUUUAAUCGGCUUUUAGAUGGUUCUCGCUAUGAUAUAUUUAUCCCAUUGGUAUCGGCCGGGUGACCCCAGGCCUACAAGCCUAACCUGCCUGCUUCAGGCCAAACUUGAAUCAGGAUUUCAGAGUUUUAAAGCUUGGCCUAGCCUAGAGUUAUUGUUAUUUCAUUAGACAGUUAAUGCAUUUUUAUUUGAGAAAUCAUUUAA